GGACAGAGAGCAUCAGGCCAGCAUUGAUCUCCCACUUCCGCCACUCCGAGACACACUGAUCAUUGAACCGCCCUCAGCGUGCCGAGGGAGGGUGAACGACCGACCGACAGGCAGUAGUAAGCAAGCAAAACAGACAAACAAGCAGACAGGCAGUGGUGUGGGAGCUCGCUUGGAUGGACCGUCGGAAGUGGAGGCUACGGGGUUUUCACGGAGGACGACAACCGCCGGGAACGACAUGGAGGAGAGGGUCUUGUUGUGUGACGCCGACGACAAGGAGUGGGAGGGAGGAGGAGGAGUCAGCGAACCAAGGAGCGAACCAACUAACCUAACCGUCCGCCUCCUCACCUCGCCCCCUCCCCGCCGGGCUGAUGGCCAUUACGCCGUUGCGAAGAUGGCGACACGAGCACUCCCGGCCGUGGUGAUGGUGGGCGGCCUGUUCCUCCUCGGCGUCUGUCUUGGGGACCUGCGCGGCGCGGCGACGGAUUCCUUGGGCGUGACGGAGGACGCGACGCUGAACCCCGAAGACCUCAACCUUUACCCCAUCAUAGGAAUCUUGUCGCAGGAGCUCAGUAGAAGCAUGGACAACGCUCUGGACCCACACAACUACACGUCCUACAUCGCGGCCUCCUACGUCAAGUUCUACGAGAGCGCCGGAGCGAGGGUGGUGCCGAUCCUGAUUAACCAGGAUGACGAAUACUACCAGAGCAUGGCCGCCUCCAUUAACGGCAUGGUGUUUCCCGGGGGGUCGGCAUCCAUCACCAACAGCAGCGGGUACGGGCGUGCUGGGGACCUGAUGUACGAGCUUCUGCAGGAGAGAGACCCACCCGUGCCGUUGAUGGCCACCUGCCUGGGCUUCGAGAUGCAGAUGUACCUCGCGGGCAACCGAUCCUACCCGCUCACCUCCUGCGCCGCUUCCAAUAGGGCCGACCCCCUCUACCUUACCCCCGAGUGGGAGGAGUCGAGGCUGCUGGGAGAGGCGCCGGCUGAUGUGCUGGAGACCUUCACCUCCACCAACGCCACCAGCAACUUCCACAAGUAUUGCGUCCUCCCACAGACCUUCAACUCCCUCGGCAUCCACAACGACUACCGGCUGCUGUCCACUUCCGUAGAUGACGAUGGGGUGGAGUAUGUGUCUACAGUGGAGCACAAGACUCUGCCCUUCUAUGGCACCCAAUGGCACCCCGAGAAGAACUCAUACGAGUGGAAGUUUUCCUCCAUUCCUCACACACGCGCAGCCAUCCACGCCGCCCAGUAUGUUGCCGAUCACUUCAUUGAGCAAGCUCGUGCCAACCCCCAGACCUUCCCAACCACAGAGGAGGAGGAAGCUGCCCUCAUUUACAACUACUCCCCCACCUACACUGCCAAUCUCUACAGCAGCUCCUCCUUCCAGCAGUGCUACUUCUUUGAGUGAUCUCAUGAAACACAACCAUUGCAAGAUAUGCUAAGAUAAUCGGUAGGCAUGGAUUUUGUUCUUUGGUAAUCAGUAGCAGUAGUUUUGUACGUAGAUUGUAAAAGGUUUGCUCAUUUAUCUUGGUAUGGUACAAGGUAGCUGUGUUCAUUUGUUGUUUUGCGUUUACUAACAUCCUUAGUUUUUUGCACUGACUCUGAAACAAUGAUCUAUUUCACCUUACCUUUCAUAACAUUGAAAUCAAAAUGUUCAGAAAAAAACAUUUCAAAUUGUCAAGUUUUGCUAAGGAAAUUUAGUUUGGGUUAAGUUAAGGAAGAAUUUAUUAUUAUUAUUAUUAUUAUUAUUAUUAUUAUUAUUAUUAUUAUUAUUAUUAUUAUUAUUAUUAUUAUUAUUAUUAUUAUUAUUAUUAUUAUUAUUAUUAUUAUUAUUAUUAUUAUUAUUAUUAUUAUUAUUAUUAUUAUUAUUAUUAUUAUUAUUAUCAUCAUUAUUAUUAUUAUUAUUUUUAGUAGUAGUAGUGCAUUAUUCUUAUAAUUUUCUUUCCAUUAUCAGAGAUCUUAAAUGUAAGUUUAAUAAAAAUCUUUCCAAGAUUAUAUUUGUAAAGAAAAAAGUUGGUAGCUCAGUGUCCAAACACAACAGGGCCAUAACUUCUGGGGGGGCGAGGGAGCUACAGCCUUCCGAACGUUUUCUACAUCGGCCUUAAAAUAUCCCUAACAGUGCUUACUUUUCAAAAACAUUUCCCCCACCUGCACAUGCUCGCUUUACUGCCCCCCCCCCAUGAACUUAUGAUGCUCUCUAGUCCCCCAAAAAUCUGCCAGAAUCAAGGGCCUGCACACUGUUAGUUGCAAUAAAUUUGGUUGUGAACUUAAAAGUACAAAUACAAACUGUGCUACUUUUUGGGUUCAACAGUAAUGUAAUUUUGUAAGGGCCCAAGAGGGGCAGGAAAGUUUUCAGUAAUCUCCACGGUGGUUCAAAGCACACACUUGUGAUAUGAUAAGUGUCUUGAGGAGUUAUGAGGAAAUUAUUAUAUAUUUUGUAAAGCCAUGUUAGGCAUAUUGCACUCUCCCAACUUGACAGAAGCAAGACUUUGAAGAAAUAGCAAGUCUUAUCUUUUUAUUAAUACAAUGUCUCCUUCCAUAUAUAUGUAGUUUUACCCAAUGCAAAUACUAUCCAGGUGGAAAAGUUAUUUUAACAUUUAUAACAAAAGGUUGACAAUGUUGUUUAAGGUCUUUCCGCCGAAUUAAUGACAUGCUCAUUAAACAGUCACCCAUGA